AUGAAAAACACCCAUGAUGUGGCAGCAAUGACUUGGGACAGGUUCGAAGAAAUUUUCCUUGACAAGUACUUUCCAACACCUGUCAAACAAGCAUUGGCCUCGGAAUUCAUGAAUCUCGAGCAGGGCACAAUGACUGUGACCCAGUACACAGCACGGUUUGAAGAGCUGUCUCGCUAUGGUGCAAAAAUAAUACCGACAGAUGAUGACAAGGCAAGAAAAUUUGAGUGGGGACUUAAUGAGACACGCCGAGCGGUGGUGGCGCAAACGCUUCCCACCUACUCCCAAGUGGUGCAAUGCGCACUUAAGAUGGAGAGAGAAAGCUUGGAUUUCAAGACAAGGCGUGAGCAAAAGAAGGCAAUACCUGCAGUUGGAGGACCUAUCCGCACCAACCCUGACAACAGGAGUGCCUCAACCUCCCAACCCUACCACCAAACUACCCCCGCCUGCAACCGAUACAACCCAACCCAGCUUGGAGAAACCCCAAUCCAGGAAGAGGGACAUAUCAGGAGGAAUUGUCCUAAGUGGAAUGGCGCUGGAAACUAUGGAGGACCGCCGCAAAAUCAGGUCAGGACUACAGGACUUGGAAAUCAGAAUCAGAAUCAAGCUAGGCCGGUUUGGAAUGGUAACCAACCUGGAGGACAGAACCAGCCUCGGGGUGGGUGGAACCAACCGCCAACUCGCCCUUUCCAGAACAGAGGACCAAACGGGCCAAUCCAGCCCAAUGCUGGAAGAGUGUUUGCACUGCAAGGAACAGAAGAAGAGAUGGACCCUGCAGUAAUCCAAGGUACCCUCACUCUUUUUACUACAUGCGUUCAAGCAUUAUUUGAUUCUGGAGCUUCGCACUCAUUCAUAUCUGCCACAUGUGUAUCUACACUUGGAUUAGAAACUGAACCUCUAAAGACAACUAUGCAUGUGACCUCACCACUAGGGGGUAAUAUUCCGGUAGUACUAAUUUGUAAAGGGUGCGAACUAGAGGUAUCGAACUUGCGGUUAACAUGCGACUUACGAGUAAUCGAAAUGACGGACUUUGACGUCAUAUUCGGAAUGGACUGGUUGACUACACACCGAGCUGUCAUAGACUGCCAUCGAAAGAUGGUGACAGCUUAUUCGCCAGAAGGAACGUGUCUCAAGUUUAAGGGGGAUAGACAAGACCCUUCUGCACCCUACGCGUACAAAACGAAGUGGCAUAGGAAGCUUACUGGAUGGUUAGCAAGUCUCACAUCGGAGGAAACGGACCGAAUGGAGUUGGGCCUCCCUCACGUCGUCCGCGAGUACAAGGACGUAUUUCUAGAAGAAUUACCAGGAUUACCGCCACCAAGGGAAUUGGAUUACACCAUCGAGCUGCAACCCGGCACGACUCCAAUUUCGAUGGCCCCGUAUUGA